GUUUGAUCCUUCUAUUCUAUCUGGUAUUUUAUGGCUUUCUUGCUGCACUCUUCACAUUCACGAUGUGGGUUAUGCUUCAGACACUGAGCAGUGAUAUACCAAAAUACCGUGACCGUAUUUCUAGUCCAGGACUUAUGAUUUCACCAAAGCCAGACACUGCAUUGGAAUUUUACUUUAACAAGAGCGAUGCCCAGUCAUAUGCAGAAUAUGUUUCCACACUUAGAAAAUUCCUUGAAUCAUAUGAUGAUUCAAAGCAAUCCCAAAACAUAAACUGUACACCAGGAAGGAUUUUUGAUCAAAAUGAUAUUGCUGUUAAAAAGGCAUGUCGAUUUAACCUCUCUGAGCUUGGACAGUGCUCUGGAAAGGAAGAUAAGACCUUUGGCUAUUCGAAAGGAACUCCCUGCGUGCUUGUGAAAGUGAAUAGAAUAAUUGGAUUAAAGCCUGAAGGAGAACCACGUAUACACUGUACAUCUAAGGAAGAAGGCAUGGUUGAGAUAACUUACUUUCCUCCUGAAGGCUUGAUCGACUUAAUGUACUUUCCAUACUAUGGGAAAAGAUUGCAUGCUCACUAUUUACAGCCUCUGGUGGCUGUUCAACUAGCGAUUAACUCCAACACUACCAAAGAAGAAAUAGCAAUUGAGUGUAAGAUCCUGGGCUCACCUAAUUUAAAAAAUGAAGAUGACCGUGACAAGUUUCUGGGACGAAUUGCUUUCAAAGUUCAGAUGACUGAAUAGCUGGAGUCAAAAAUUAUCCACAAAGUAAAUGUUGUCUGUUUUGUAUCAGCUGGACAUGCCAUUCUAGCAUAUGAGACCACCAUGGAGAAUGUUAAGGUGGCUUAUGUUGUUCAGGUAGCAUAUUAAUAUGCUUCCAAAUCUUAUGUUUAAAAUCCCUCAAAUUAAAUGCCUAUCCUGCUUCUGCCUGCCCCACUGGAACAGUGUACAGACUAUAGUUAUGUUAUAGGGACCUGUAAAUAGCCGUUUUCAGACACAUAAUAAUGGUGACCAUUGUCGCGUUCUGAAAUGUGGUUUUAUCCCCCAAGUGAGUGUCUCAAGCUUAAUGUGCUGUGCUAUGUAAAUAUUGUAUUGAUUUAACACUGGUUUAACUGUCAUAUCUCAUUGCUGCCACAGUUAUAGGGAUAAAUAAUAAAUGGUACCUGAUUGACGUAGUGAUUUUUUUGUAAGAGUAACACCGCCAACUUAAAGUGUGUGUAUGGGACUGGACGGAUGGAUGGACGGAUGGAUGGAGAUGCCUUAAAUUGUCGACUGGGUAGUGUGGGGGAGUUGAAAUGGAUUUUAAGAGUUGCUGUGGAUUUCUGAAAGUAAGUGCUCAACUAGUACUUCCUUUUGCUUGUCACUGUGCAAGUAUUGUGUACAUGUAAUACUUGUUAUAGAGUUUGGCAUUCUAGCUGAGGAAUUGAAUCUUUCUUCACGUUGUUAAUUGCUUGCAAUAUAUGGAGCACAAAUAAAAUCCAAACAGUAUUUUAAAACUU